UCGAAAUUUUGACCCACAUUCCUGCCGCUGUUUCAGAUCCACUUGCCAGACUAUACAACAUUGUUCAUUCUGUAAUUUAUGAAAAUAAAAUGGCAGAAGAAAACCCACAACAACCUAUGGAUCAGGAAGCCAAUACGUCAUCGGGUAGUGUGGAGCCCCCUCCGCCCAAAAAUGACUUACAGGCCGCCUUACAAGGGCAAUUAGACCAUGUCCUGCAGGGCAUAAAUUAUAUGGCCGAGCGGCUAAAGUUUUUAGAAGAAAAACAAAAUGAAGCGUGUAAAGAGAGGGAGGAAGAAAAAAAAAGAAAAGAAGAGGAAGAGCGGAGGGAAAUUCAAAGGAGAGAGGAACAAAGAAUCCAGGGGGGCCGCGCCCGAAUAUUUAGGGGGCGCAUAGGGAGGGGGCCAUAUGAGGGCCCUUCCGAUAGAGAAGAAAGGGCUGAACCGAGAGGAGGGUGGAGGGGCCGGGGAGGAAGGAGGGGCAGUCUCGGUCGCACCCUCUUUGGAGGCAACAGGAUACUUGUCCAGCAGGCCUUAGAAAAGAGGGGGACACCAAAGGCCGCGGUGGAUGUUUGCCUGGCAUCAAUUACUUCUUCCACCAUGAAACAGUAUGACUCGGGCCUUAAACAAUGGUACCCGUUCUGUCAUUCCAGAAACAAGAACUGUUUUUCUGCCUCAACUGAAGUCUUUACAAUUUUUGCAAGAGCAAUACAGCAGGGGCUGUUCAUAAUGGAACACUAA